AUGAGUGAUAACGAGAGCAGUGCACUGUCUUGCGAAGGCAUAGACGGGAGUGAACGACAGUCGAUUUCUGAUAAUGACGAUGUAUUCGAUGAUAUCGAUAACAGUAACGAUUUCGCUGUGGACAAGGAGAAUAGCAAUGAGAAUGCGAAUGUUGACUACACGGACGAUACGGAUAAUUAUCGGUUCCGUCAGAAUUCGAUGAACGAUCCGAACGGCUCACCUUUCGGUGCUUUUUUGUUGCAUUGA